AUGUCCGAGCAGAGCAAGCAGACCAGCAUCAAAGCCUACGGCCUCACCCGCCUCGGCCAGCCCUCGGACGUGCUCCAUGUAGUCGAGGUGCCCAAACCGCAGCCGGGUCCGCGCGACCUUCUGGUUCGCGUCGUUGCCGUUGCCACCAACCCCGUGGACGUGAAGCAGAUUACCAACUGGGGCGGGGACCCUAACGUUCCGAUCGAAUCACCUCCUCUCAUCCCCGGAUGGGACGCGUCGGGCGUGGUAGAAGCCGUGGGCGCCGAGGCCACCCUCUUCAAGCCCGGCGACGAGGUCUACUUUGCUGGCGCGAUCAACAGAGCCGGCAGCUUUGCCGAGUACACAGUCGUCGACGAGCGCAUCGUCGGCCGCAAGCCCUCGUCCCUCAUCCACGAGGACGCCGCUGCCCUCCCCCUCACCAGUCUUACGGCGUGGGAGAUGUUGGUGGAGGGCUUCGGCAUCCCGGUGCCGGCGGACGUGGGUGAUGAGACCGUCAAUCGCAACAAGACCCUCCUGGUGCUGGGCGGCGCAGGUGGCGUGGGUUCCAUUGCCCUGCAGAUCGCUAAACAUGUUCUUAAGAUUGGAAGAGUGAUCGGGUCCGCAUCGAGGGCAGAGACGGUCGCGUACUGCAAGGCUCACGGAGCCGACUACACCAUCAAUCACCGCAAUCCUCUCGCAGAUGAGCUCGCCCAGCUGGGCCUCAAGGGCGUGGACUUCAUCUUCAACACGAGCGAACCAGAUCCUGUGAUCGAGCAGCUCAUCGAGCUGGUCAAUCCGCUGGGCAAGAUCGGGCACAUCCUCCCCAUCCAAAAGCCCGUCAACACAGCACCUCUCUUCAUGAAGCGCGGCUCUCUGGUGUGGGAGAUGAUGUUCGCUCGUGGGGUGUAUGGAGUGGAGCCGGAGAGGCAGGGAGCCAUCCUCAACCGGGUGGCAUCGCUGGUCGAUUCCAAGGUGCUGCGCUCGACAGCCAACGUCAGAUUCGCGUGGGACAAGCUGGCGGAAGCCCUCGCGCUGCAGGGAAGCGGCAGGGCCAUCGGCAAGAUCGUGCUCACCGUUGCCUUCCACGUGAGACUGCCCAGUACAGGGCAAUCCAUGAGGAACUUUGCGUUUUUUUAA